UUAUUCAAUGAUUUCAAAUUCUAAAUCGGAAAGGAAAAAACAAAUGAAAAACAAUUUGAAGUUGGAAGGAACUUCUCUGUUUUCGGUGCUCAUGGUCAUGGAGAGAAGUUGUUUCCUCUUGUCAAUCACCUUCUUGCUAGUGCUGCAGCUGCAGUACAGUUCUAUAGGCACAGUAGGUGCAGCACAAACCAACAUCACCACGGACCAGUCUGCUCUUCUUGCUCUCAAAUCCCAUCUCACUAGUGACCCUCACAACAUCUUGGUCAAUUGGUCAACGACCACCUCCGUUUGCAAUUGGGCUGGCGUUGUUUGUGGUGCUCGUCACCUCAGAGUAGCAUCAUUGAAUCUCUCGUUCAUGGAUCUCACAGGCACCAUUCCACCAUACUUAGGCAACCUCUCAUUUCUUGUUGAGCUGGACUUAAGAAACAACAGUUUUCAUGACACCCUGCCCCAUGAAUUGUCUUAUUUAUGUCGCCUGAAGUUGAUUAACUUCGGAUUCAACAAUUUUAUGGGAUUCAUUCCAUCGUGGUUUGGGUCCUUCCCCAAACUUCAAAAAUUGGGAUUGUAUGGAAAUCAGUUUUCAGGUUCCAUACCCACGACUAUUUUCAACUUAUCUACAUUGCAAGUACUUUUUCUAAGCGUUAACAAACUAUCAGGCCCUAUUCCUGUGGUUGUUUUCAACAUGUCUUCUUUGACUACGUUGGCUCUAGCUGAAAACAGCUUGAGUGGUGGUCUUCCAGACAAUAUAUGCCAACAUCUUCCUAGUCUUCAAAACUUGUACUUGGGUCGCAACCAGUUUGAUGGUCCACUUCCAUCCAAAUUAUGGCAAUGCAGAGAGCUUCUUGAACUUGAUUUGGGGGAAAACAAUUUCAGUGGAAGCAUACCAAAAAAUAUUGGGAACUUAACAACGAUGGAGGUUUUAUCCCUUGGCUUCAACAAUUUGACGGGUACUAUUCCAUGGUCCUCAAUAUUCAAUAUCUCCACCAUCAGACUUCUGUCGCUUAGUUGGAAUCAGCUAUCGGGUAGCCUCCCAGCAAACAUAGGUCUUGGGCUUCCAAACCUACAAUUCCUCUAUCUUAGUGCAGCUGGUCUCAGCGGAGUAAUCCCAAACCUAUCCAAUGCUUCUAUGCUCACGCGGCUUGCAUUGGCGCGAAACUCAUUUACAGGGUUUAUUCCUAGCACGCUAUGUGCCUUAACGAACCUUCAGUGGCUUUUGUUACACAAUAAUAAUUUGACGAUUGAUACUUCCACUCUCUCUUGUUUGGUUAAUCUUGGAAAUUUGACAUUGUUAACCUUGUCAGCUAAUCCGUUAAAUGCCAGAUUUGAUGAUUCCUUUCGGAAUUUCUCUACAUCGUCGCUUCAAUAUAUUUAUUUAUACAAUUGCAGCAUGAGGGGUAACAUUCCCAUUGGUAUUGGCAACUUGAGCAGCUUGGUAAAGUUAUCCAUGGGAGGCAAUCAAUUAAGUGGAUCAAUUCCAACUUCACUGGGAAGCCUAGGGAAUCUCCAAGGUUUGUUCUUGAAAGAUAACAAGUUGCGAGGGUACAUCCCAUAUCAACUAUGUCAAUUAGAUAACCUAGCUCACUUAGAUUUGAGUAGUAAUCAGCUCUAUGGUUCUAUACCUUCUUGCUUGGGAAAUCUAACCACUUCUCUGAGAUAUCUAUCAUUGGCGUCCAAUUCGUUGAGUUUCACAAUACCAUCUAACUUUUGGAGACUUGCCGAUAUCUUGUAUGUAGACUUAUCAUCCAAUUAUCUAAUUGGAAAUCUCUCACAAGAUAUUGGAAACUUGAAAGUUGUGAUACUGGUAAAUUUAUCAAAUAACAAUUUAUCUGGUAUCCUACCAAGCACUAUUGGGGGUCUUCAGGGUUUGGUUAAUCUAUCCUUGGCAAAUAAUAAUUUGGAAGGCCCUAUUCCAAGUUCAUUUGACGGGUUGCUAAGCCUGCAACUCUUGGAUUUGUCCAGAAACAAUCUUUCCGGAGUGAUUCCCAAGUCUUUAGAAGCUCUGUCACUUCUCAAGUAUAUGGAUUUGUCUUUCAACAGGCUCCAAGGAGAAAUUCCAACUGGUGGACCGUUCCAAAACUUCUCCGCUCAAUCAUUUGUCUCAAACAAAGCACUCUGUGGUGCAGCCCGACUUCAGGUUCCACCAUGCAAAAAUGGUACACAUGAACCAAAUUGGAGGAAAGCUAAAUAUAUCAUCCCAGGGAUCAUAUCAGUAAUUCUCUUUGUGGCCUCUGUAUUUAUCUUUGUACUAUGCAGGAAAAGGAAUGUGGAAGUUGCAGGAGAGGCUACCUCGUUGCCUCAACUUCUUUGGAGAAGAGUUUCACAUCUAGAACUUCUAAGGGGCACAAAUGGAUUUAAUGAAAACAACCUACUUGGAAGUGGGGGUUUUGGUUCAGUAUAUAAAGGGACACUUUCAGAUGGAAUAGAUGUUGCAGUAAAGGUUUUCAGUUUACAGCUAGAAGGGGCUUUCAAGAGUUUUGAUAGGGAAUGUGAAAUGCUAAGCAAUAUUCGUCAUCGAAACCUUAUCAAAAUCAUCAGCUGUUGCAAUGAAAUUGAUUUCAAAGCCUUGGUACUCAAAUACAUGCCUAAUGGGAGCCUUGAGAAGUGGUUGUACUCUCAAAAUUCUUUGAAUAUCUUACAGAGGUUGAACAUAAUGAUAGAUGUUGCAUCUGCACUGGAAUACCUACACCAUGGUUAUUCAAUACCCAUUGUGCAUUGUGAUAUGAAGCCAAGCAAUAUACUACUGGAUGAUGAUAUGGUUGCACAUGUUGCUGAUUUUGGAAUUGCAAAACUCUCGGGUGGAGGAGAUUCUAUUACCCAAACCAUGACUCUAGCCACUGUUGGGUAUAUGGCUCCAGAGUAUGGAUUGGAAGGAAUGGUUUCAACAAGAGGGGAUGUGUACAGUUUCGGAAUUGUAGUGAUGGAAACAUUCACAAGAAGGAAGCCAACAGAUGAGAUGUUUGAUGGGGAAAUGAAUAUAAAGCAAUGGAUUGCAAAGUCACUAGUAUUACCAGAUGCAAAGAUAGAUGAAGUUGUGGAUGCCAAUUUGCUUGGGAUUGUGACACAGCAGGAAGACGAUGAUCAUGUGAAGAAGAUGGACUGCAUAUCAGCCAUUAUGAGAUUAGCUCUUACUUGCUGUGCAGAAUCACCAGAAGAGAGGAUAAGUAUGAAAGAAGCUGUAGCCACACUCAACAAUAUCAAGACAAAGUUUUUGAAACACGCUGCUGCGAGAAGAGGUGUGCUGUUAAACCUUCCUCUUGUUUAGCAACGCUUCAAUUAAUGGGUCCUAUCCUAUGACAUGUAUUUCAUGCACUUUAAUUUGAUUCAAUUUCAGUCUUUAAUUUAGACAAUGUAGAGGAAGGCAUGCCGUUAUAUUUCGAACUGAUUUUAUGGAGUGUGUAGACUUAUUAUAUAAUAUACUAGUCUUGGUUGUUGUUAUGGUAUCAGUAUGAUAGGAGGGUUUGUUCUGUUG